AUGUCGGACUUGAAUAUCAAUCCGAAUAUACUGAACCCGGAGCUCUACGACGUCAACAACAUCGAACUGCAGUCGUAUCAGAAGAAGCUGAUAUGGCCGUGGCGAAGGGGUGACUGGCAUGCGUUGGGCUGGGUGUUCUUCAUAUCGGGAAUACUCCUCAUCUACGGUGCUCUCAACUGGCACGACAUCCGGCUCGAUUCGAAUCGUCUCCGGAUCACCAUCACCAACAGGCGGAUGAAGAACGGCAUAAGGGAGAAGCUGCCGGAGCGGAGUCUGUACGACCGCAUAUCGACGCAUUUCCGGGCGUUCGCCUACCUGCGCUGGCGCCGGGCCGCGUACAUCUCGAUCGGCAUGUGCACACUGAUCAUGGCCGGCUUCAUGUACCCGAUGCUGUGGGUCUUCACCCAGCGCCCGUACUACUCGCGCUCCCCAGAGCUCGGCCCGCCGCCGAUAGCGGGGAGAGCGGGCAUGAUCGCUGUGGCUAUGAUCCCGUUCGUGCUUGCGCUCGGGAUGAAGGUCAACUUGGUCAGCUUGGUCACCGGUGUUGGACACGAGAAGUUGAACGUGCUGCAUCGUUGGUUGGGAAUCUUGAUGGCCAUCCUGAGUGCCAUCCACGCUAUCCCGUACAUCGUCGAGCCCGUGGUCAAUGGCGGCUGGGGACAGGCGAAGGAGAAGUUCAUGUCCAAUAUUGUCUACUGGAACGGCGUUGGAGCUUUUGCCUGCUUGUUCUGGCUCACCGCGGCCUCGGUAUCACCCAUCAGGAAACUGUGUUACGAGUUCUUCGUCCACAUCCACAUCGUUGCCGGCGUGGGCUUCCUCGGCUUGAUGUUCUGGCACUGCAACAACAUGCUCACCAGCUGGCACUACCUCUUUGCCGGCUUCGCCAUCUGGGUCGGCUGUCUCAUCUACCGCCUCUUCUUCAAGACCAAUUUCAUCCGGGCUUUCUCGGGUGAAAUGGCACACUUUACCCGCCUGAGCGACGACGGCAUCAAGAUCACCGUGCCGACCACCCUCCGCUGGAGAGCUGGCCAGCAUGUCUUUAUCCGAAUCCCAGGCAUCGCCUUCCUCGACAACCAUCCCUUCACCGUCGCCUCGGCUCCAGCCAAGGUGGAGGGCGAGCACAACGACCUCGUGCUCGUCUUCAAGCCCCAGAAGGGCUUCACCAAGAAGGUCUAUGACAUCUCGCGCAGUGAGCCCGAUAACUCGUUCCGCGUCUAUCUCGAUGGGCCUUACGGUGGUCUCGCACGACCGCUCGAAUCGUUCGAGACGGUGCUGUUGAUCUGCGGUGGCUCCGGUAUCACGCCCGUCAUCGGCCAUCUGUGGGAGCUGUCGGCAAAGAUCAGAGCGAAGGAGGCGGUGACGAGGGACGUCCGCCUGAUCUGGACUGUCAAGCACUUUGACGCCUUCGAAUGGUUCAAGGAUGAGAUCUCCAAGAUCGCCCGGUCGAUGCCCAAGAACUGCCUCCUGGUCCAAUACUACGUGACGCAAGAAACACCUGUGCCCCUGCCUGGGCCAUCCUUCCCGCUCUCUGCGACCCGCGACUGGCCCGCCUCCCCACGCACCCCGUCUACGCCGAUGACGCCCAUGUUCAACGCCGCCGAGCCGCUCCACGGCGUCCGCGAGAUACCCAACGAGAAGGAAUACGAGAUGCAAGUGAUCGCGCUGCGGAAGGAGCUCGGCCACAGCAACUCGGAGGAAGACAUGGCGCAGUCGCCCAGCGGCGAGUCCAUCUACGAGGCCGAGAAGCGACUCAGCAAACUCCCACCGCUGGGCGACGAGGUGCUGCUCGAGUUUGGACGCCCGCCAUUGAAGGAGGGCUUGAGACUCUGGUCUGAGGGCUUUGGGAAGAGGGCCUGCGUUUAUGUCUGUGGUCCUCCGGGCAUGAAGGUCGAUGUCGCAAACGCUGUGGCUGCCAUGCAGGCAGAUAUCUGGACCAGCGACGAGCGGGAAGAGGUCUACCUCCACACCGAGUCGUUCGGCUGGUAG